GUACUUUGAAGUCCAAGUACUACAUUUCGACGAAAUGGCUGAAUGCGGCAUCAGAUUUGCAAGAGGGUUUUCAUUAUAUGAAGCCCUGCCUAUGAUCGGAUAUAACAAAGUGCAAGCCGAUACCAUCACACUGUUUUCACCUAACAAUGCAUCCGAAAAUCUGGCAGAUGAAAAUUCGGCGAAGAAGACAAUGUAUAUAUAAAUAACUUGCCCCCGUCUCAACUGCAGAGUAAAUGAUAAAUGUGAUACGGACUCAGAAGACGAUAUACCCUUGAGUCAAUUGACAG